ACAAAAUAGCCGGCCACAGCGGAGGGGAACUUACGAUGCAGUACAACGCUGUCCUUUGCCAGCAACAGCAGCCCAACGAUUCCUCCGCUUUUCCCGCGUCCCUUUUCCCCCGCUUCGCCCGGCGAGGAACAUCAACAACACGAAGACGAGGAAGAAGAAGAAGCCCCAGACCCUGCUCGACUCUCUCGAGCAGCUUCUUCCAGGUUCGAUCCAUCCUCCUCAUCUCUUUGCUGUGAUCCUCGAUCGGCUUACUCGGGUUCAUGAGGGGCUCAAAGAUGAACUCACGUACGCGUAGAACUCGAAGCUCCAUGUUAAUAAUUAUCGUGGUUGGUCUCUGCUGCUUCUUUUAUGUAUUAGGCGCAUGGCAAAAGAGCGGCACGGGAAGAGGCGAUAGUAUAGCAUUGAAGAUCAUGAAAGAAACCGACUGCAUCAUCUUGCCAAAUUUGAGUUUUGAAACUCAUCAUAAUAGAGGACGCAGCCUCGACACAAAUGCCAAAGUCUUCGAGCCAUGUGAUGCUCAAUACACCGAUUAUACUCCUUGCCAAGAUGGGGAUCGAGCGACGACCUUUUCAAGAGAAAAUAUGGUCUACAGAGAGAGGCACUGCCCUUCAGAGAAGGAGAAAAUGCAUUGCCUAGUCCCGGCUCCUAAAGGAUAUGUCACUCCUUUUCCCUGGCCAAAGAGCCGCGACUAUGUACCGUACGCAAAUGUCCCCUAUAAAAGCUUGACGAUCGAGAAAGCUGUUCAGAAUUGGGUUCAGUUCGAGGGGGAUGUGUUUAAAUUUCCAGGUGGAGGGACAAUGUUUCCACAAGGAGCAGAUGCAUAUAUCGACGAACUAGCAUCUGUCAUUCCAAUUGUAGAUGGUACUAUUAGAACUGCACUUGAUACUGGCUGUGGGGUAGCAAGUUGGGGUGCCUACCUACUACAAAGGAAUGUUUUAACUAUGUCCUUUGCACCGCGGGAUUCACAUGAAGCGCAGAUACAAUUUGCUUUGGAGCGAGGUGUUCCUGCAGUAAUUGGAGUUCUUGGAACUAUAAAGCUUCCAUACCCAUCAAGAGCUUUUGACAUGGCUCAUUGCUCCCGCUGUUUAAUUCCAUGGACAUCAAAUGAGGGGAUGUACAUGAUGGAAGUUGAUCGGGUCCUGAGGCCUGGUGGUUACUGGGUAUUGUCUGGCCCUCCCAUUAAUUGGGAGACCUACUAUCAUACAUGGAAGAUAUCCAAAGAAGACCUUAAGGAGGAACAGAGAAAAAUUGAGGAUUUUGCUGAAAUGCUUUGCUGGGAAAAGAAAUAUGAAAAAGGAGAUAUUGCUAUUUGGCAGAAAAAAAUAAAUGCAAAUGCAUGCCGUGGAAGAAAAGGUUCAAUUAGGAGGUUCUGUGAAUAUCACAGAACAGACGAUGUCUGGUACAAGAAAAUGGAAGCAUGCAUAACCCCUUAUCCUGUAGUCAGCAAUCCAGAUCAAGUGGCCGGAGGAGAGUUAAAGAGUUUCCCUGAGAGGCUCUAUGCCGUCCCUCCUAGAAUAUCUCAGGGGUAUAUUUCAGGCGUUACAAAGGAACUCUUUGAGGAGGAUAACAGGUUAUGGAAGAAACAUGUUAAUGCUUACAAGAGGAUGAAUAAGUUAAUAAGCUCAGGAAGGUAUCGAAAUAUAAUGGACAUGAAUGCAGGUUUUGGGAGUUUUGCAGCAGCAAUCGAAUCACCAAAGUCCUGGGUAAUGAAUGUUGUCCCUACCAUAUCGAAAACCAAUACAUUGGGCAUAAUUUAUGAGCGAGGUCUCAUUGGGAUAUAUCAUGACUGGUGUGAAGCCUUUUCUACAUAUCCCAGGACAUAUGAUCUGAUACAUGCAAGUAGCCUGUUCACUUUAUAUCAGAACAAGUGUGAGAUGGAAGACAUCCUUUUGGAAAUGGACCGAAUUCUACGCCCCGAAGGCACAGUUAUACUUCGCGACGAUGCUGAAGUUCUUAACAAGGUUAGGAGAAUCGUGAGUGGCAUGCGGUGGAAGACCAAGAUGAUCGAUCACGAGGAUGGUCCUCUCGUGCCUGAGAAGAUUCUGGUCUCCGUUAAAGAAUAUUGGGUGGUGAGCGGAGACGAUCCAAAUAUAUAAACGGUAAAGGCUGAGAAGAUUCUUCUGGUCUCCCUUAAAGAUUAUUGGGUGGAGUGCAGAGACAAUCCGAAUACAUAAACAGUAAAGACUGAUAUUACCUUCAAAAUGGGAUAGAAGGCUUAAUGGCUUCUUAAUGAUCCUAUGUUGUUGUAUCAAAUAUCAACUUUUUUUAUGUGUUCAUACAUAGGAGGCUAAUUGCUAUCUAGGUAGGUGAUUUUGACAUCCUGGAUGAGUUAUAAGGAUGAUUUCAAACUCAUGUAACAUAUUCAGUUUGUAUUUUACUAAUAAUAAUAGUUGGCACAUGAUUUUAUUUUC